UAAAGAUUACCAUUUGUAAGCAAUCUGUCCAAAUGACGAUAAACAGACGGUUUCAGAAAACUUGGUGAUUUGAUCGAUGCUGUUUUCCAUUCCAGAUGAAUGAGUUCUACUCAACAGGAAAAGGAAGAUGGGUCCGACUAGAGUUUUUCCUAUUCUUCAUCGUGCUGCUGUUCUUUUUCCUAUACACAGUACAAUGGCUUUAAGACAUUCCCUUUGUAAGCGUACUGCAAAACUGUGCUAUGCCUCCCUCUGCACCCUCCAACAGACGAGAUCUGUUUCAGCUGAGACUGCCAUAAGCCAUCACAUUUCAAACUUGACUGACAGGGAGAAAAGACUACUGACCAAGCUUUAUGAUGGACUUGUCGGGGGUCAAAGGGCAGCUCUCGCGGAAUCGAUAACCCUUGUAGAAACCCAGCAUCCGAGGAAGAAAGAGUUAGCCCAGGUUCUGCUUCAAAGAGUGCUGGCCUUUCGUCAGGAGCAGGAGAGAUGCAAUGGUGGAAAGCCAGCGGCCUUCAGAGUUGGACUGUCUGGUCCCCCUGGUGCUGGAAAAUCUUCAUUCAUUGAGGUUGUUGGGAAGAUGCUGACAGGAAGAGAACAUAAAGUGUCCGUUCUGGCUGUGGAUCCUUCCUCAUGCACAACUGGAGGUUCACUGAUGGGAGACAAAACACGAAUGACAGAACUCUCCAGAGACAUGAGCGCUUACAUCCGACCAUCUCCCACAUCAGGAACCCUCGGUGGUGUGACGAGAACCACCAACGAAGCCAUAGUCCUCUGUGAGGGUGCAGGCUAUGACAUUGUAUUAGUGGAGACCGUAGGUGUUGGUCAGUCUGAGUUUGCUGUGGCUGACAUGGUGGAUAUGUUUGUGCUGCUGAUCCCACCAGCAGGGGGCGAUGAACUACAGGGAAUCAAAAGAGGAAUUAUUGAGAUGGCUGACUUGGUGGUGGUUACAAAAUCAGAUGGUGAAUUGGUUGCUCCCGCACGGAAAAUACAGGCAGAAUACACAAGUGCCCUGAAGUUACUUCGAAAGAAGUCCAAAGUCUGGAAACCGAAGGUGGUCCGCAUAUCUUCUCAGACAGGGCAGGGUGUGCCUGAGCUGUGGGACACCAUGCUACAGUUCCGGGAUGCAAUGCUGAGCAGCGGGGAGCUCCGAGCCCGACGGCAAACUCAGCAGAAGGUGUGGUUGUGGAAUCUGAUUCAGGAGAACGCUCUACGCCACUUCCAGCAGCAUUCAGCGGUGCGUGCCGAGCUCCCGGAGCUAGAACGAAGGGUCACGUGUGGAGAUAUCUCACCCGGUCUUGCUGCUGACCUCCUUCUGAAAGUCUUCUCCACCACAAUGUAAU